AUGGCCGGAGAGAUUGAGAGGUUGAUCGAAUGGCUAAUCGAUGACAUUUCAUGCCACGGUGAUCGAGGCUAUCCUGUGUCGCAGACACUGGCUACCAUUCAAGACUAUCACCAUGGCACUGUCAGGCAUGACACUCCCAGUGCGAUCAUGCCCGCCGCGGCAGCGGUUCUUGCCAUGCCGGAACCAGAGGCUUUCCCUUCACCCCGCCGGGCAGACGAUGCCCUCGAGGGCGUUACCUCUGUAUUACAGAGCCCAAAGGACCAUGAAGGUGGUCAAGUAAGCCAGCUUCGCGCAGGAGAAACGCCGGUUACAGCCUUCCGCCCCAGAAUCUACGCCUCAGCCGAUCGAAUGUGGGAAUCUAUUGCUGGCCAUUCUGCGGAUUUCAAGCGAGUUCCGAGGUUGGAGUGGGCGGCUUUAGUGGGAAUUGCCACGACGAAGAGUGAUGGAAUCCUCCAGGGAGAUCUAUGCCGGCUGAUCGGUCAAGACAAGCGAUCUCUCCCGAAAAGGACCGAUUCGCUGGCCCAGAAAGGGUACAUCACGAAAAGAACGACGUUGGUACGAGGCGUGAAAACGAGCAAGAUGUGGCUGCGACGGUUAGCCCCGAGCAUGCCGACUAAUCCCACGCAAACCGGCCGUGGCGAACGCACGAGCGUGAACUGGUGCCGGGAAGCGCUCACUGCCGACAUGGAACCUGUCGCAUGGUGCGAUCGUUGGACUGGCAAAUCUAUAGAUACCCACAUGCUGGCUAAGACGGCCAUCGAGAUCAUCAAAGCCUGGAAAAUCAUCAGGUAUGAUGACCUACGCCGCAAGCUGGGGAUUGAAGGCCUGAAAUGGCAGAUGAAGACCCAAGCGAGGCUAUGUCGUUGGAUGGUCAGAAGAGGCAUCGUCCAGUACGUUGCCGCGACCUUGGGGGAGCGGCUCUUCAAAGAUUGUCUGAAGUUUAAUCGCGACUUUUCAGCUGACGACUGGGAUUCAUACCUGGCCACUGGCAAAGUCAAAGCACGAACAAACCCUGAAACUGAAGAACUGGCGCAAUACAGGGAGGCGAAUCUCGAUACACCGAACAGGAGUAGUUCGAUCAGCGGAAGCAGGGAUCGCUACACCACCGCAGGACGUACAUCAACAAAUCGAGGUGGCAUUGCUUGUCAAGAUCAAUGGAAGCCCGAAAAGCCAUUACCGACCACCGUUAUGGAUGUCAUCAGAGCUGGGGAUGCCAGGGGCGUUCCAAACAGACAGAUAGGCAAACAUACCAUGGGCCCACCGUUCACACGAUAUGUGUCGUCUAUUUCGACAACGCUGGCAACACCCGCUCUUCAGCCCUCGCAUCUCACCCAAUUUCAAGUUUCCAGUCAGCUGCAUAGAGUAGAGAAAUCGGCUAUAUAUCUCUUCUCUCUUCCCCAGCUUCCGGAUUACAGACGAAACAACACUAUUGCGCAAGCUCAUUCUCAUGUACCCGACUUUUUCUUUGCCGCAGAAGAUCUAGUCGACGGACCUAAUGUCCAACAAAACAAGGGGUUCAGCAUGCCCAUGCAACAUGAUCUUUCUGACCAGUUGCUCGGCUUGAGCGCACUUGCUCGCGUCCCGAAUGAGAGACGGCAGUGGAAAUCUAUACGAAUAGCACCCCAAGAGAUGUCUCAUACACAACUAGAGUUGGACAAGCGAAGCCAUAUUUCGGCAACCCCGGCACGCUUGACACACGAUGACGCCACGAACUUGACGCCUGCCAUCUCUACACCUUGUCAUAGUAUCCGUAUCUCAGACGAGAUGCCUGGAACUGCCGCGUCGUUUCCGGAUGAUAUAGAUGACCUUGGAAUACAGAACAUCCGUCCAACUCGACGUUCGUUGAUAGUCAGUCUGAAGGUGAGACCCUCGGCGCUUUCAAGACUGCUAGCACUGCCUUCAUCCCCGAAGCUCCGGAAGACUCCAGACUUGAUCGCCAACUCCCACACACCAAGUUUCGAUGAAGUCAACGGACUGAGUCUGGAUGGUAGCCAUCCCGGCAACUUAAACAUAGUUGAAGAUUCUGAACGCGGCUCUUCAAUCAGGGUUACAACCAACUACCCUGACGAACAACCGAGUGAACCAACGCAGCUGGGCGACAAGACGGAGGGUCUACAACCCAGCACUUCUCUAGUGACAAAGCGAGGGCGUUCCAAGGCGAAGAGCACAAAAACCUCAAAGCAGCAGAAAAAGGGCAACAAAGCUGGCGUUUUCACCUGCGAAAAAUGUGGUGGCGUGUGGAAGAACGACAACGGAUUAAAGUACCACCUGGAGAAAUCAGCUUCAUCUUGCAAUUCAGCCUAUGUCCCGCCUACGCCUAAGGCACACCAGUCUCAAGCCAAGGCAGCUCGCCUGUCGACACAAGAAUCAAUGGGAGAAAACACGCCGAUCUUGGAGAGAUCCGCAAGGUCGGCACGGGCUACUGGAAACCGUGGUUCGUCAGCACAGCUCGUGCAGGACACCGCUUUGAACCUGGCACAUCGGAAUACUCUUCAAGCCCACGCCUCCGUUCUACUUGCACGAACUCAUCAUAGGCGCCGAACCUCCGCCGAAUCUUGCGCCGCCCAAGUCGAUAUACUAUUGGGUCGUCCCAGUCUCACAGCCGACUCCAGUGAUGCUACGGCACUUGGCUCUCCAAGUACGAAGGAAACCCUUGGGGUCAAGCCUGGUGGCUUGAUAGAUUUGCCGACCGUCAGCACAAAGAACGCGCUGCAUACAGAGUGGCAUGCUCGGCCAGGUGCAGAUCGCGGCGUACGUCUCAAGGCCCCCGUGACACCGAGAAAGAGCGACUACUUCGGUGUUGCCGGUCCGACAAGUCCUGAAACGGCGAGCAUCGCUCCUAGUAACCAGAAUGGGCACAUUCGUCCCCUGUCAAAGGAGCCGAGGAAGCGAUCGCAGCCUGCAAACUCUGCUGUUGGCGAACAGGAUACACACAAUGGGUAUAAAAAAACCACAGAAAGCAGACUGCCGCCGUAUUCUUUGUCUCCUGAUCGUAUGGAAUUAUCAAAGGCGAGGAAAGAUACAAACGAGGUCAAAAUGACAGAGAUCUCGACUGUUGAGGCAGGUGGCGAAACACUCAGGUAUCCGAAAUUCCGCAUGCCUACAAUUGCGGAUGAGCAGGACACAAACGGAUACGCCCCGGACUCCCGCCUUCAUCGUGCCUCUCAAAUCAUGCUAUAUCUCAUUCAAAACAACAAUGGCGUAUUUCCGGGUGACCGAUCUGCCUAUCUUGCGUUCCUCUCAGUAUGGGAAAGGACUUUUCCUUCUGACCCGCCGCCGAGCAACAACAAUGUUCAGGUCGCCAUCAACAAACUAGUCAGCAGGAAGAAGAUCGUCAAGACCACCCAUGCGUUCAGGGACGCCAAGGGAGCCUUCAAGUCUGCUAAUGUGCUUCUCGCGCGUGGCACGGAUCCUUUCUGUCCGGCAGCUGUUGCAGUGAAGGAAAGAAUCAUUGCAGAACACCCACGUCCAUAUGUCUUGGCCGAAUUCACACCUUCCGCAGAGAUGUUUGGGCAAGACCAGAAGAUGUGGAAGGGAGAACCAAUCUUCUCCAACAGACGUAAGCUGGAGAAUGACGUGGGAAUACUGGACGCACCGUUCUACGUCAAUGAAAGUCUCAAGAAAAGAAAGCCCAAGGGCGUGGAAGUAGAUGAUGCUUCUCCGUCAAAGCGGCACAGACCAGAUUCUAGAGCUUCGGCUGGGAUAGACAGUAAAGGGCCCAUGGUUGGCACCACUGGUAGGCCGUCGCAGGCUGCUAGGACCCCCCCCUACAUACCAACCCAUCAUGUGGCUGCGUUCAAACACCAGGCGGCGUAUCUAGAGUUGACCUUUCUGGAACCUAAUACGUGCCUUGAUGAGGACGACGAACCUAGCCAUAUACUGCCAACAGCCACAGACGUACAACAACACAUUGGCAUGCUGUCGGGAGAGGAGAUCAACCAAAGCUCUGACCGUUUUGACUUUACUGCAACGAGGGAGAUCUUGCAGCACGGGACAGAAUGGCCACCGCUAGAUGUCAACUUCUUCGAGCAGAAUAAUAGUUUUGCUAUGGAUGGAUGGAUGCCAGAUUCUCAGUGGUUUCUACGGUGUGGGUUACCACAUAGUCUGGACGAAAUGAUUUCAGCCGAAAGCACUGGAAAGGACGAGCAGCAUGAUGGUGGCGAGGCGGACUUCAUGAAACAAGUCAAUGGGUGCCGCCGAUGGGAGAUUUCAUUUGAAGCCAAAAGUCUGGUCGCGCUCGGCUCGAUCGCACCCAACUACAUCUUCAUCAACCAUCGCAUGGACACUCACGUUGAGUGGCAUGUGCAGACCCUGCUAUGGAGUCCAGAAAAUCAGCUAGGUUUCCGAGGCAAUCAUAUUGAUACGAACCAGCACGACUCGGAUCAGAAUGCUGAGAUUCAACCACUCAAACGGCGAAAAUAUACGCCCCGAACACGAUCUAGGCUAGAGCCUACGGUUCAAAUGGAUAUGAAGUACAGAACUUUGUUGCCAUGGUCGCGUAGCUCGGGUGCCGAAACGGAGAUGUUGGAGGGCCAGACUCUGGAUGGGGAAGAUGAUGCUGUGGUUAUUGCCGCCUUUGUGGCCACGCGGACACUGCUUGGUGGUGCAGACAAGUACAUUGAAUGGGGCCUGAUGAUGAGGCUUUUCCCCAGCAGAUCGCUCGCCUUUCUGCGGAAAUUCUGGUCCAAAACGCGUCGAGAUCGGCCUGCGUCAGUGAAGCAACUGACUGAGCGGUUCCAGAAACGCUUCAUCGCGGCGUAUGAACGGAACGAAAUACCUCCGCUAGAUUUCGACAACUAUGUUCGCUACGACUGGGUCAGCCUUAUUCGAUGGACCGCGAGCCUUGUCGAGGACUCAGUCACCCUUCCGUCAGGCCGAGCGGACCUAGAACAACACUUCACGCUGGAGGACGCCGUGGCCGACGUGCACGAUUGGCAAGAAGAUUACUACAAUGUCCAGUCAUCCAUAUACAGCAGACUCGAAGCCGUUACCUCGAAGUCGGCUGUAGUGUUGCUCGAUGAAGGCAGGAAAAGCACGGCUCAGGAGCCAGAUCUUGUCAAGGCGAAAACCUGGAUCCGGUCACUCUGUUCUACACAGCAAGGGCUGUAUACUCCGCAGCAAACAAGAGUCAAAAUGGCCAACCUGACUGAGAAUGGCGAGGCAUAUAAUAACGAAUUGCUUGAAAGGGCCAUCGACACUCUCCAAGCUCAAAAUGUUAUUGCGAGGACAAGAAGGCGGCGAUACGAGAACAGGUCAUACCGACUCUCUGAGUGGUACUUGCCACGGCUGGUCAAACAGAGCCACGAACAAAAAUACCUCGACGCUGUUGCCUUCAAGACACUGCUAGACGCCAAGUUUCGUCGUGAUGAAGAGGUUAGGAUUCCAUACGUCAUCAGGGAUGGCGAAGUCAUGGCCAUGAUUAAUCUGCAAGCCCACGGCAGAGUAACGAUAUCCCCCGUCGACAUGCCGCAGAUUCCAUUGGGAUUCAAGCCUGGUGUCUACGAAAGCCGCAAAUUCCCAAAAACGUUCUACAACUUUGGGCUGCAGAUCACGCCAACGCCAACAUAUGUGUAUGACGAUGAUAUGCAUGUUCUUCAACAGUCUCAGGGAGAUUGCCCGGCGAGUCAAAGCGCGGAGGGUGUGCUGCCUCUUUGGUCUGACUUCUUUGGAGCGCUCAAGGUCGACCGUUGGCGACAAGUACUGGGCGCUGUCGUGUUCGCGAUCGCUAUGCGUGGUCCGUUGGAUCUAAGAGGCGUGGUUGCAACUCUGAAGCCAAAUCUAGAGGAUUUUGAGGUUCAACUGGUCAUCGAAUGGGGCUUACGAAACGAAGUCUUAAAGUCCGCCUCGCCCCGAGGAGCAAGCUAUACAACAGCGGAGUGGUGGUGGCUCAUAGUCGGGAGCCAGGGUGUCUUGAAGGGAAGUUAA